AUGGGUGGUUCGUUGCGUGCGUUCUUGAGAAGUGGGGCGUACGCUGGUAGUAAUGAGAAGAGUUGGGCUAUGCUGGCUCGUUGGGGAUGUCAGAUUGUUGGUGACGCAUUGCAACGGGCUAAAGAGCUCGCUGCUUCUUCUCAUUCGAAUCCGCAGAAACGACCGAAUUCGGACGAGUCAUCGAACCUGUAUCCAACUAAAAGGGUCAACGUUGCUGGAAGUACCAUGGAUAUGGGUGGGAAUAUGCAAAUUUCAACACUUGGAGCACCAGGACAUGUUGGUGCCGGCAGCGCACCUCCAGGCGGGGAAGUCGUUAUGGAGACUAUGGAAGUUCCAGAUCACUGCGUUGGCCUUGUGAUUGGGCGUGGUGGUGAACAGAUCUCGCAAAUUCAGUCGCAGACUAGUUGUCGAGUUCAAAUGUCUCCUGAGUCAGACGCAAAUAAUAUGCGGCAGUGCACUUUACAAGGUAGCAAAAUGUCUGUUGAUCGCGCCAGAGCAAUGAUUAAUGAGGUAAUUGCACGGGCAGGCAAUCGUCCCCCACCAAAUCGUGCUACUCACUUUGAUGGUGGUUCAUCUGUCGGGAGCGGACGUCAGAUCACUCAGGAAAUGUUUAUUCCGGGUGUAAAAUGUGGAUUGGUCAUAGGAAAAGGAGGUGAAACGAUCAAAAAUAUUCAGGAGCAAACUGGCGUUAAAAUGGUGAUGAUACAAGAAAAUCAAGAAAGUGGUGGACAACCAAAACCGCUACGUAUUACUGGUGACCCUGAAAAAGUUGAGAAUGCUCGUCGGAUGGUAGAAGAAAUUCUGCAGUCUCGUGAAGAUCAUCCACCAGGACAUUUUGGUUUUCCUGGUUCAUUUGGACUGAGUACAGGGCAGCGUUCGAUCGGAGAAGUAAUUGUCCCUCGGGCCUCAGUCGGCAUGAUAAUUGGUAAAGGUGGUGAAACCAUCAAACGCCUCGCUGCUGAGUCAGGAGCCAAAAUCCAGUUCAAACCAGAUGACGAUCAGACGACUCAGGAGCGAUGUGCCGUUAUUCAAGGUACAGCAGAACAAAUUGCAAAAGCUACUCAAUUUAUUUCGGAACUUGUAAAAAAAAGUGGUGCAGCUGGUGGGGCCGAAAUGUUUUAUAUGCAUGUUCCAUCAAAUAAAACAGGGCUAGUGAUUGGUAAAGGUGGCGAAACAAUCAAACAAAUUUGUGCAGAAAGUGGAGCACAUGUUGAACUUUCUCGGGAUCCUCCUCCCAAUGCAUCCGAAAAAGUUGGCGACAUUGCUCCCGGAACUCCGGUUCCGCAGUUUCAUGGACAAGGUGGUCCAGGGGCAGCUGGCGAUGCGUUUUCUGUUGCGCAUAAUGCUGUACCUAGCGCUCCUCAAGGUUACGGUAAUGGCAAUGCCCAGUUCGCUGGUGCUGGUAUUGCUGGACAAGCUGGAGCUCAGUGGAACACUACAUUUGGUCAUCAGCAGAGUGAUCCGGGACAAGCUACUUGGAACCAGCAGUAUUAUGGCCAGCAGGGACAGCAACAACCUAGUUAUCAGCAGGGAGCUUACCCUACUCAGUAUCAACAGCCAACACAACCACAGCCACAACCGGCGCAGACAAGUGCAGCUCCAGCAGUUAAUCCUCAAACAGGCCAACCAGAUUAUAGUGCACAAUGGGCUGAAUAUUAUCGUAGCAUGGGGAUGCAUGAACAAGCAGCUCUUAUUGAAAAUCAGCUGAAGCAGAACGCUGCCGCUGCAGCAGCAGCUGCUGCUGUUGCUCAACAACCGGCUGGUCAGGCACGACCUCAACAGCCGGGUUAUGGUGCCUAUGGUACUCAGCCAGUUGCAGCGCAGAAUCAGUUUAGUUAUGGUGCCCCACAGGCGCAACCACAGGGUGGUUAUCAGUUCCAACAACAGUAUUGA